AUGUCGGCAAUUGGUAAUAAAAUCAAAUCAAAAGAAUUUAAAGAUAGAUUAAAUGGAUAUGAGGAAAUGUUAAAUCUAUUCAAUUCAAUACAAGAUUGCAAUUCUAACGAAUUUAGUAAAUAUUCGUCAGCAUUUGAAAAGAUAUUACUAGUGGAUCCACAACCUGCAAAUAAAGAGAAGGCAUUACAGGUAUUAUUUGUAUUUUUAGAUAAAGCGGCUUUCGUAUAUGCGCAAAAUACACCAAUGUCAUUUUAUUCAGAUUUAAUUCAAUCGAUAGUCGAAAAUUGUUUUAAUGCAAGAGAUUCAAUUAAACUAAAGGCAAUUGACUGUUUAUUAUUAUUAGUUGAAAUUAUAGGACCAUAUAUAGUUAUUCAAUAUUUAUAUGAGAAUUUAUCAAAUAGUAAAUCACCAAAAAUUACAACAGCAAUCGUAUAUACAAUAAAAGAAAUUAUUAAACAAUUUGGUACCACAAAUGUACCAGUGGAUAUGAUUUUAAAGGACUUGAUACCAUUUUUUGAAAACCAAUCAAAAGAUGUAAGAAGUGAGGCAUUAAAUCUUUCAGUACAGUUAUAUAUUUGGUUAGGUGAUCCAUUAGUAAGUCAUUUAAAAACAUUAAGACCUGCACAAUUUAAAGAGUUUGAAAGUUCAAUUCAAUCUUUAAAAAAUCAACAACCACCACAAUCUCAGAAUUUAAGACUUUAUAGAUCAACAGCAAAUCAAAAACAAACUAAGCAACAAUUAGCUCAACAACAAGCUCAACAACAAGCUCAACAACAGCAACAACAGCAACAACAAACCACUACUUCAAUACCAAUUGUAAAUAGUCAAAAUAAUAAUGGUAGUAAUAGUAAUAAAAGUAGUGUUUCAACUACACCACCAGGGGCAUCAUCACCAUCACAUUCAACCAAUAGUUCAUUAUCGUCGUCCCCAUCUUAUGGUGAUCAAGAUGAAAUCCAUUGUAGACUUUAUGAAUUUUAUAAGCUUUCUGAAGAUUCUUCUUGGACAGUUAGAAAACAAGGUAUAACCGAUGUAUUUAUUCCAUUAAUAUCACAUGAAAAAAUAGCACAUCUUUCAGACCAAGAUUAUUCAAAAAUUUCCUAUACAAUGGCAAAGCUUCUUGGCGAUACAAAUAUUUUUGUAAUUUUAACAACAAUAAAUGCCACAGAAUUAUUAGUUAAAAAACUCACUAGAGAGUUAUUAUUUAACCAUAUUAUUUCAUUAGUCCCAAUUAUGUUGGAUAGUUUCAAAGAAGUUAGACCAUUGCUUAGUGACUCAAUUCAUGCUUGUUUAAAUACAAUAAUGGAAAGAACAUUAAAAAUUGGUGAAGUUUUAGAUUUUAUUGUUGAAAUUUUAUUAAAUAGCAAAGAUUCGAAAUUAAAGUAUGAAGUUAUGUUGUGGCUUAGAAGAUUAAUAAUGGCAUCAAAUUUAUCAAAUUUUAAAAAUGAUAUUUCCUUAAUUGUUAAUGCUUUAUCUUUGAAUAUUGAAGAUCCAGUUAAAGAAAAUAGAGAAAUUUCAAUGUUGACUAUUGGCACUAUUGGUACAGUUGUUGGUGAAAAAGAGGUAUUACCAUUAUUAUUACAUUUAGAUGACUCUAAAAUUCAACAAAUUAAACACACAAUGAAAGAAAACUCUGCCCCUUCAACUCAUUGGGCAAAAGCUAAAAGAUCAGAUGGCUUUACAAUAAAUAAUAACAGUAAUAAUAAUGGUUCAGUUGAAGAUAGUCCAUCAACCCCAAAUUCAAAAUUAAAAUCGUUAAUGACAAAUAACCAAAACUCACCAUCAUCACCAUUUGUAGAUAAGUUAAAAUCCAAAAACUUUAAAAUUGAACCAGAUUUACAACCAAUUAAUCAACAGCAACAACAACAACAACCACAGGUUAUUUCACCACCAGCCAAUUCUGUUCAACAAGUUACACCACCGACCCCAUCAAUAGUAACUGAUGUGACCAAUAAUAUAGAAAGUUUAAAUUUAAAUACAAAUAAUAAUUUUAGUAAUAAUAUUAUAAUGAAGGAUAUUCAAGAUGAAAUAUCAAAUGUUUUAAAUUCAAAAUUGGGUGGUCUUAUUGAAUAUAUUAAAGAAUUAGAGUUAAAGAAUCAACAAUUAGAAAAGCAAAAUAACCUCAACACAAAAAUACCAUCCAAUCAACAAAAACAACAACAGCAAUCAAUCCAGGUUCAAGACGAACAUGAUUAUAAAUUUUAUGAAACUUUAAAUAUGGAGUUAUCAAAAGAAUUACAAAAUGAAAAAGAGAAAAAACUUUUAUUAUUGGAGAAAUUAAAAGCAUAUGACAAACAAAACAACGAAUUAAUAUCAACAUUUAGAUUAUUAUCACACGAAAAUAAAGAACUAAAAUUAAAGAUUGAGGCUCAAUUUAGGGAUAUUCAAACAUUAAAUGAAAUGAUGUUAAAGGAUGAAGAAAUCAAACGAACCCUUUUAGACGAAAUCGACAAGCUUAAAGAAAGUCAAAGCUUAUCUUUAACCACAAGCUCGACCGCUAUGAUGAUGAGUGUUUCUUCUGACCCAAGUAGAUAUUUAGUUGAAUUGCCACCAUAUGUUAUGAAUCAAUUACCCGAAGAAGAAUUAGAACUUUUUGAAGAAUUGUAUCAAGAAAAUUUAAGAAUCAUUCAAAGCGCAAGACAAAAUAAGCAACAACAACAACAACAGCAACAAUAA